AGAUAAUUGAAUUGCAAUAAAGAAGCCACUGAAAAAACACGACGGAGGGGUAGUUUGGUCAUUCCACGUCCCAACACGUUAUAGCCCCCAACCACAACCUAGCCCACAGUUUCACACCACACUUCUUCGAUUUUGGUUUUUGUUCCCUCUCAACAACAAUGGCAGAUGUCACCUACCUCCGCCACCACGACACCGACGACGACCCUCACCCUCACCUUCCCGACCAAACCCUAAUUCCCUUACCCUACCGUUCCCCUCACGAUUUCGAUUUCGAUUUCGAUUUCGACUUCGACUUCGAUUUAUACGCUUCCGAUCCCGAAUUUCCGCCGAACCGUGCUGACCACCACUUCUCCAUGAUGGAACGCGAAAACCAGGUGAAUUUCGUUAUGGAUCUUUUUCAUCAGCGCGUUGAGCAAUCUCAGGUAAUGGGUCACACCGAUCCUGUCUCACAACCCCUAAACGACGCCGCUUCUGGUUUCGGACUUGAUUUAGGGUUUGCCGUUGACGACGUUGACGGCGAUGAUUUCUUCUUUGGGAGGAGGGUUUCCGGAUCUGAAUCCGGCGAGGCACCCUUUGAUAACUGCGUUCGCCUCGUGGGGUUUGGAUCGGAAUCUGAUGAGGAAGAAGGGAAUGGGGUUUUCGGGAUCUGCUUGCAUUCGGAUGAAGAGUAUAACGAAAACGACGACGUUUCGAGCAUCCCUCUCUGUUGGGAUUCGCUUCAUUUGGACAACAACGAAGAUUUUGAGUGGGAAGAAGUUGAUGGUCGAGUUGAUGAGAGGGAUAUCUUGAGCAUGCUCACUGUUGAGGAUGAUAGGUCAGUUUCUGUUUCCGUUUCUGCAAUAGCUGGAAUUGAAGAACAAGAAGGAGAAGAAGAAGAAGAAGAAGGAAUGAACGUUGUGAGGGUGGAAGGAGGAGGCAUGGAUAAUAAUUUGGAAUGGCAAGUGUUGUUGAAUGCCAACAAUUUGGACACAGUUCAUGACUUGGAGCCUUAUUUUGGUGAACAUGAUGAUUAUAUUUACACUGGAGAGUAUGAGAUGAUGUUUGGUCAAUUUGCUGAGAGCAAUGAGAGUCCCUUAAUUGCUACCCUUCCUGCUUCUGCAUCCGUUGUUCAGAACCUUCCAUCAGUGAUUGUGACCAAAGAAGAUGUGGAUAACAACAAUGCACUCUGUGCUGUUUGCAAAGAUGACUUUGCUGUUGGGGAAAAAGCAAUGAGGUUGCCGUGUUCGCAUCGCUACCACCGUGAUUGCAUUGUGCCUUGGUUGGGCAUUCGGAAUACCUGCCCUGUCUGUCGUUAUGAGUUCCCCACCCAUGAUGUCAAGUCACAUAUAUUUGAUUAUUAGGUUCAGAUGUGAUUUCACAAUUUCUCAGCGUUAGGCUGUUGAAUUGAAACAAUAGAUUUUUUGGUCAUGAAGAAAUGCAUGUGUUUGUUUUACUUUUUUUCCUUCAAAUUUUCACAUGGACAUAUAAGUAUAAGAAUGUUUCUCUUCCAAUUGUACUUUGGAAUACAUCAUA